AUGGAGAAGUAUCACGAUGAUUAUACGUAUGAAAAAGUAUUACGGAUUAUACGUAUAGAAAAGCAUCACGGAUUAUACGCAUGGAGAAGUAUCACGAUGAUUGCACGCAUCACGGACUAUAUCACGAUGAUUAUAUUGUGUGACUGCUUGUGCAUGUGCGCAUUUGCGCCAGUAUAUCCGUGCGAUGAUGACACAUCGACCGUGCGGACAUGCUGGCACCACAUUCCGACUAGUGAUGAAGGCGCUAGUGGUUCAUUUAUGUGUCGUCUAUUGGGGAGAGCUGCAGUAGUAGUGGUAGUAGUAAGCAACAAUUAA